AUGUAUCAUAAAUAUAAAUAUGAUGAGCUCCCCGUGCACAGCGGGCAAGAGAGCAACCCCUUCACCGCCGAGCGAAGCGGCAUUCAAAUCAUCAACGUCGUCUACGAGCAACCAUCGUCGUCGUCAUCGUCGUCUCUUAGCGAAGAGGUGCACAACCACCUCCACCACCACUACGUCGUCGGCCAGACGCACAUCGGAAGCCAUCUCCUAGCCAAACGCCACAGAGACUGGGCGGAGCGCCGACCGACCAAUUUAGUGUGGCUGGUACCGAGCGACGUUCGCGAGGGGAGGUGUAUACAAGCCUGCAUCGACGACAAGCUCGUGGGUCGAUCGGAGGAGUCCGGUGUUACGAAGAAGCGUGUCGUCGUCAACAAGCGAGCAGCAGCCGCCGCGGCGACCACCACGUUUGCCGAAGUUUCGGACCCGAUGGGCCCGUGGUUCGAUGGGGUCCGUUAUCUGGAGCGGAAGCAGAAGUAG